CCUAUAUCCUUAAACAUGCUAAGGACGGGUUUUCAUGACCUUGGUCGUCUGAUCGAGAACUCAAUGUCAUUCAUGUGGAAUCAAGACAGACCUGAUCGAGAACUCAAUGUCAUUCACGACAGGUUGAAACUUUAAAAAAAUAAUCAUUUGAUUUAUGGUUGUAGUACAUACCAUAGUUAUUUGAUUCUAGUGAGAACGUAUGAGGACAACAUAAUAAUUUAGAUUGUGUUGAUUCAUAAUUCUUUAUAACCUGAUAGCGUGGUGCGAUUAACUAAGCUAUACUCCAAAUGUGUUAAUAAUAAUUGUUGGAUCACAUGUUUCACUUUCGUCUGGGUGCACCGGCUGAUCCUUUCCCGCCGAUUUAUCCUUGUGCUGCCGUCGAAGUUCGAACCAUCAGUGGCUCCUUUAUUAAAGAGCGGCCAGCUGAAAGCGGCGCCGUGGUGGUGGUCCCAUAGCCCAUUAUGUGGCCGGGAUUCGGCCCAGGGCCCACUUGUUAGCCAGGCCCCAGGAGAAUAGAUUAACCUUUCUUAACUGGGCGGUUACGUACGGGUUAUCCAACCGAGCACGCGCUAUUAUUGGCUACGCUCAGCUACUCGCCAUCGCAAACCAUCCAUCGGGGAACCUGGUAGGGGUAGGCAUUCGGUCGGUUUGGUUUCGAUCGAACCGAAAUUUUGAAUAUCGGGUCCCCGAAUUCUCCCAAACCUUAAAUCGAAUUCCAACCGAAUUAUAAUUCGGUUCGAUCGGUUUACACCGAACUAUUUGUGAAGCUACUUGUAUUUUCUCACUUUUAAAUUAUUUUUCACCCCUAAUAUAAACAAUAAAUAUCAUUUAUAUGCAUCAUCAAUGAUAAAACCAAACUUUUCAACACAUAAGUCAUAAAACAUUUCAAAUAUUUAAGUCUAAAAACAACUACAAACAUAAAAAUCCACCAUUUGGAGCUUGCAAUUAUAGUAUUUCGGUUUUUCGGUCGAAAUUUUGGAAAUUCGGUUCGGUUGAAAGAAGCCUAAUUUCCGAACUAUCAAUAUUUUCCUUCCGAAUUCGAACCGAAUAGCAUUUACUGAACCGUUUGCCCAGAACCUGGGAUACAAGUUGCAACAACUUACAAGUGGACGUGGCAGCGGAUCAGGGCGAGUGUGCCACACACACUACUACCCCGGGCUCGUAAAGGGUCCAACCUGAAGAAAAUCUGAUACGACUGUUCAAUUUGUACGAUACAGAAACGCGCCACCGGUACAGACAACAAAAUGAAAAUCAGAUCCAAGCGGUAAAAGUUUCACCGCCGCGGGAAACCGAUACCGCGCGUGAGAUUCCUCUUCUCGCCCAGCGGUAUUUUGGCGAGUCAUUUUCUGGUCACCGUGAGAAAUUGAACAUCUCUUUUUUUUUUAUAGAGAGAGAGAGCUUGACACUUCGGUUUCAAUUCAAUACGCUCUUUUCCCCCAUUUUACUACACACUACUGCUCGUCUGAAAGGGGCAGCAAAACUCAAGAGCUUCAAAACCCUAAUUCUGUCGUCUUCUUCUGCUGGUUCUUUAGCAAAUUCGUCCUGGGCUUCUGCAUCUUGAUUGGAAAGGUAAGAGCUCUAUGGUUCGUUUGAUUAUAUGAGAGUUUUUGAAUAGUCAAUUUGGUUAUCGUUAUCUGCUGGAUUGAUAUCCAUUGCCGGCUGUCUCUACUGGCUGGCUCCCUUCCAGACAAAUUUGGGGUUUCCUUUUGUUUUUGGUUUGGGUUUUUAAUUAUUUUUUGUUGCUAGGGUUUAAUAUUUUUUAUUUUUAUUUUGGGAGGGGAGCUAAAGACUAAAUUUCUGAGUCAGUGUUGAUUCUAGUCUCUUCUCUAUGUUUGCAGUGGUGGGUGGAAUUUUGUUCGGUCGUAAGCUGGCUUUCUUCUAGAGUAUUUUUUGUGGGGGAAAAAUGAAGGUUACUCGAAAGACUGUAGCGGAAAGUCCUUCCUCCCUUGCCGGUGAAGAAUCGCAAGACCCACAUGGGAAAGGGUCGACCAUCACUCGGAUGGAGAAUGGAAUUAGAGCUUGUGAGAAAGGUGGGUUUAUUAGUGAAGGGUUGGAUGGUGGUGGAGUUUCUGCUGUGAAUAACAACUCGAGUGGGAAAAUUGUUUCUCUAUUCGAUGGAAAUAGAGAUAGUCUUGAAGACUCUGAGAUGAAUGGGAUUUCUUCUCUGCUUGAAAUGCAGCAGAGUGGGAGGUACCCUGGAUUGGACUCCGUGUUGGAGGUGAUCGAUAAGAAUGAGAGAAAAGAGUUCGGCAAUGGUGGUGAUGAUAGUAAGAAGCAAGGAGAAGUGAGCCUCAUGGGUGGUAGGGAAACUGAAGGAAAGUAUGAGGGCAAGGAAGAAACUGAGGUUGAGGGAAGCUUGGAGGAGGAGGAUGAAAUGGAAGAGCUUGAUUACGAUGUUGGCGAUUUUGUAUGGGGAAAGAUCAAGAGCCAUCCAUGGUGGCCAGGGCGGAUUUAUGAUCCCUUGGAUGCAUCCGAGCAAGCAAAGAAAGUCAAACAUGGACAAGACAGGAUUCUUGUUGCUUAUUUUGGGGAUGGCACUUUCGCUUGGUGCAAUCCAUCUCAAUUGAAGCCUUUCCACGAGAAUUUUGUCGAGAUGGCGAACCAGAGCACGUCCAAGAACUUUGUCAAUGCUGUGGAGAAGGCCCUGGAAGAGGUCGGUAGGUCGAUUGACUUGAGUUUGACUUGCUCUUGUGUGCCAAGAGACAAUCUGUUUGGUUUUGGAAGGUCCUUGGCAGCAAAUGCUGGAGUUAGAGAUGGACUUCUUGUGCCAGAAGGUGGAGACUUCUCUGAUAAUACUCUGUUUAAACCGGAAAAUGUAUUCCAUUCGAUCAAAUAUAUGUCAAAAGGUGUCAGAUUUGGUAAUGCGUUGGAGCUUGCUAUAGUGAAGAGCUCCUUGUCAGCUUUCUACAGAGGAAAAUGCGGGAGCAAAUUGCAGGCUUUUUCUGAGCCUACGGAAAUUCCAGGGCUUGAAGAUGACUCUCCUAAGUGGAUGCUUGGUGAUCCGAAUAAUCAAAAGGAUACUUUAGCGGAAGGUAUAUUUCCUGGGCCAGUUGAAGAAGACUGGGUUUCUUCUUCACUUGGCCAAGACUCUCAGAACUCAUUACAGACACCACAGGUGUUUCCAGAACGCUUGGCACCUCGGAGAAGGAAGCAGAAAAGCAUUGCUGAAAUUAUUAGUGGUAGUCCUAAUACUGAGACUGAAGCAGAAGCAAGUGGAAGCAAAACUGUAUCUGGAAGGAAGAAGAGGACGAGCAAAAGUGAAGUUGCAGGAGAGGAGGUAAUUGAAAACCCAGAACCAUCUGGAAGUAAAAAGAGGAAAGUUCGAAGCAGUCCUAAGGUAACUGAGGUGGCCAAAACUGAAGCUAGCUUGGGUGAUAUUUCUGCCUCUAGCUUACAUAAGAGUAAAGCUAGCAAUGAAAUUGCUUCCUCUGGACAGCAAAAGAGCAAAAACAUAGAAGUCCCCUAUGGGUCGAGAAGGAGUAAACGUGGCAAGGAAGCUAAUGUGGAAGCACCCAGUGAGUCAGUUCCGGGGCUAAGGAAGAGGAAAGGCAGAGAAGUUCCUGGAUCUCCAGUGAUUGCAGCCGAUCAUGACACAUUGGCCAUCAACGUAAAAAACCCCGUGUCGAGGAGAAGAAAGAAACAGGAAGAUAACAGUGUCGUAAAUGAUGACAGCUUAGGAAAAACCGAAGAAGCGACAGAAAAGAAAAUGGCUGGUGGCUCAACUAUUGAAAAUGAUGGCAACAAGGGUUACCAAACAAGCGAGAAUGUUGCUUUGUCUAGGCAAAGGAAGAAAAGCAGGUACCUUUCCCCUCCCUACACUAAUAUUACUAUAGGGCAGAGGCCGAAAAUGAAGGCGUCGGGUGAAUCUCAAUUAGCCGAGGAUAAGACUGAAGCUGCUGGUCAUCAUAGUAAUGAUGUGAAGUCUCAGGAAGAACUCUCUAAAGAGCAAGCUGUUGUGGAUGGGAAACCUGAUGAUUUGAUUCCCGAGACAACAAAAGGUCAGACCAGAACAAUCGAAGCUCGGACAGCUGCGAGUGAAAUGCUGUGUCAUAUCCGCUCUGUAGCUCUCAACCCACUCCAUGUCGAGGAAAGCAAACAUCUUGAUCAGGUCUUGGGUUUUGUUUCCGAGCUUAGAAGCUCAGGGCAUAAUGAGGAGGGAUCAAACAACGAGCAGAACAUCAAGCCUAAACGAGGAAGAAAGAAGAGGAAACUUCAGGAAGGAUCUGAAUCGGACCCAACUUCACCUAAUGAUCUUAAAUCGCAUCAGAACAAGGAGUUCCAGAAAACAGAUAAGCCUGUAGCUGCUACCCUUCAUGUCACUUUUGGCCCGGGAUCAUCUCUACCUUCCAAGGAUGAUCUUCUAAGAAUAUACGGCCCCUUUGGUGCAUUGAACAAAGAUGAAACCGACAUGCUCUACAACAAUCGUUGUGCUAGGAUUGCAUUCUCUAGUAAAUCCGAUGCCGAGGAAGCACUCAGCCACAGCCAACGUUCGAGCCCCUUUGGCACAAGCCAUGUGAACUUUCGGCUUCGUUAUCCCCCUUCAACGCCCAAAGUUUCGGUCCAUUCAGAGCUGCAUCACGUAAUAGAGAAGCUUGAGACUGUGGACUCGAUGCUGAAGAGUAGUUCGUCAGAGAUGUCUGCCAACUUGAAAUCCAGGGUGGGAGGUGAAAUUAGAGGCGUGAUUGAGAAGUUAAACACAAUGGUCAGGCCUCCGGGAGUUUCUAGCUAGAAGAGUGGUUACUGAAACGAAAACAAAUGGUUGUUGCUUUGUCUGUGUUGUUUCCUUUUGUGAGUUGUUGUUAUAGGCUCAGAUCUCUUCAAUUUCUUAUUAAUUUGUCUACAGACUACAGUUAAUGAUCUUGAGGUUAUGUGCACAGCAAGUAAGGGUUAGCGGGGAAGGGGGGUUAGAUAGUUUCUUACCACCUUUUACUGAAUUAAUUGGCAGCCUAGAGAGGGGUAACAGAAAUCGUAUUUUGAUUUGCCAUUUCUAUGUGUGGCUCUGUGGUAACUGGGGAACAGGUUACGGUCACCAUAGUUAUUAAGGGCAGGGGAACAGGUUACGGUGAUUACUAGUAGUAAUCACCAUAGUUAUUUAGGGUAAAUUGGGUAUGAAAAAAUAAAUUAUAUUAAUUAAUUUUUUUAAUAAAUUACAUUUUAGGUA